CAUUUAAAACUAUAAAAUUAAUACUAAUAGGACACAGUAUUAAUACGUACAGUAUAACAGUAUAGAGUACGUACAUUGGUUUUUUUUUUUUUUUUUAUUUCGAAUCACAUAAGUGUCUUAAAAUGUUUAGUUACAUUAUAUGUUUUUUCUCUGUGAUAAUAAGUGCGAAUUGUGCAUUAGCACCGUUCAUUACACCAUGCCAUACACAAAAUGACACUUGCACCCUGGCGGCUGCUCAAGCGGCGCUGCCAUACGUCGCUGCUGGACUACCAGAACUGGGUGUGAAACCGUUGGAUCCUCUACACAUUCCAGUAAUAAAGAGCGACCAAGGUGGACUGACACUCACGUUCACAGACACCGUGAUUACGGGACUCAAAAACUGCAAGAUUGACGGCAUACGACACGACAUCACUAAACCCAAACAAUCGGUGGUGAUCCGUUGCUCCAUAAACCAGGCCGGGAACUACAAACUGAAUGGGCGUCUGAUAGUCUUACCGGUGGAAGGAGAGGGGAAAUAUAAUAUUGACAUACGCGACAUCGUUAUCAAAGUGACCAGUGAGAUGUCCAUGGUACCAGGGGAGGAUGGAAAACUCCACUGGCAUGUGAACAAGUGGAAACACGCGUACCAGGUGAAGACUGGCGCUCACUUCCAGUUCGAUAACUUGUUCAAUGGAAAUAAAGUUCUCGCGGAACCAGUGGAAAUGUUCAUGAACACGAACUGGAGCGACGUGAUGCAAGAGGUGGCGCCGCCGGUAGUCUAUUCCAUCGUGGCGGCCGUCAUGGAUACACUGGAAGCUCUCUACAAAAUAGUGCCCGCCGAUGAACUCGCUCUCAGCUAAACAAAAUGUUAUCUAUUCUGUUAUUCUAUUGUAUAUUGUUGUUUGUAAGGGUAUGUAAUUGUAAUAAGUAAGAGUAAAGGACUUUUAAGUAAGAUUA